AUGUACCUCCCAACCCUCCUCUCCCUGGCCUUCGCCACCCUAUCCCUAGCAUCACCAACACCAGCACCGGUAGACACAGAUGCAGACACAGACGCAGACGCAGUAGCCCCCAGCAAGCUCCGCGUAGUCGGCGUCUCCGUCCUAGGUUCUGGCUGCCGCGCCGGCACGGCCGAUGUCCGCGUCGUGUCCACCAAAAAUACCGCCAUCGAGAUCGCGCUGUCCGAUUACAUCGUGCAAACCGGGCCCGACACGAUGGCGGCUGAUUGGCGCAAGAAUUGUAAAUUGACGCUGAAUUUGGAAUAUGAUGCCGGGUUCCAACUAUCAACCCUAAAAACAACCACCCAAGGUUUCGCCCACCUCCCCGCGGGCGUCAACGGCCAAUGCCGCGACACCAUCGACUUCACGGGCGACGACCGCGAGGUGAGCUACGGCAUUGCGCUGGACGGGGCGUGCGACGGGGCCUUUUCGCUGUCGGCCAGUCCGGAUAUUGCGCUGUGGUCGGCGUGUGGCGGGGGCACGGCGAUUUUGAAUGUGAAUACGGAGUGCUGGAUCUCGCCGACGGAGAAGAGGGCGCUUAUUGCGGUCGAUAGUAUUAGUAGUAAAUUGGUGGUUCGGGUUGCGCUUCAAUGGAGGAAGUGCUAA